AUGGCGGCAGCAGCAAAAAGACUUGUCGUUUGCGGCGGCAACGGCUUUCUCGGGUCGCGCAUCUGCAAAUUCGGCGUGCAGCGCGGCUGGGACGUCACAUCCAUCAGCCGGUCGGGCGAGCCGCGGUGGGAUGCCGUGACGGGCGCGCAGACACCACCGUCGUGGGCCCGCCGCGUGUCCUGGGAGCGUGCGGACGUCUUCCAGCCGGAGACAUAUGCGCCGCUGUUCCGGGGCGCCAACUACGGCGUGCACAGCCUCGGUAUUCUGCUGGAGGCCGACUACAAGGGGAUUCUAUCGGGACAGGAGUCUCCGAUUACGGGCAUCAAAAAGGUCCUGGGUGGAGCCGCAUCGCCACCAAGCGAUCCGUCAAAGGCAAAAGACGGCAUGACAUACGAGCGGAUGAACCGGGACAGCGCCGUUCUGGCCGCGCAAGCCGCUGCCGAGGGCGGCGUCGAGGCGUUUGCGUACAUUUCGGCGUCGGGAGCGGCACCGGGCCUGCCGUCGCGGUACCUCAGCACGAAGCGGGAGGCCGAACGGCAGCUGGAGGCCGCGUCCAGAGACCCAAGCCACCCUCUCGGCCGGCCCAUUUUUGUGCGGGCGCCGUUCCUCUACGAUGCAGGCGCACGGCCGCUGACAGUCCCGUUGGCCGCGCUGGCCGGUGCCGGCACCGUCGUCAACAAGUUCACGGGCGGCGCGCUGACAGGGCUGCUGGGCACGAUGGGCACGAAGCCGCUCAAGGCGGACGAUGUGGCGGAGGCGGUGGUCGAGGCAUUGAGCGACGAGUCGGUGGGCGGCGCGCUGGAGGUGGCACAGCUGGUUGAGCUGGCCAACCGAGGCUGGCGGAAAGGCAUGUUGUAG